AUGAAUGUUCUAAUUACAAAUUCAUUCUAUUUAGAUGUUGAAUUAACAAACUCGUAUGAAAUCAUAUUCGACAUUGUUGGUCCAUUUACCAUCCUACCGAUUCCAUUACCACCACCUCAACAACAAGAAUCAGAAGAAUCUUCAGGUUUAUUGACUGGAUUAGGAACUAAAACAAAACUGUUAUCAGCAAUGAAAACAGAAACUGCAAAUUUUACUUUUGCAAAUCAUCCAUUUCUUUAUGUCAAUGGUAGACGUUAUCAUAAUGUACCUACUGCAUCUUAUUUCCUGCCAAACGAUAAACAAGAAAUUGAGCGUUUAACUUUAGAACAUAUAAUCUAUCAUUUCAUUUGGAAUGGUAAUUUUUCCUCUCCUGUUAAUAAUGUUUUAAAGUCAUCACCCGCAAAAAAUGAUAAAGCAAAAGUUUUGGAUAUAGGUUGUGGCCCUGGCCAUUGGUUGUUAGAAAUGGCCGAGGAAUAUCCUAAUGCUAAUUUUGUUGGUAUUGAUAUUUCUCCCGUUUUCCCUAAUGAUUACGAUUCAAAUAAACCCACAAACGUUGCUUUUUUAAAAUUUGAUGCUCUUAGAAUAAAUAGAAAAAUGUUAUUUGAAAUUCCAUUACUAUUUAAUCAGAAAUCUGAAUUGAUUACUGUUCAUUCUCAAGAACGUCCGAAUCCUAUUGGUUCUUGGGGUGGCAAAAUGUUGAAAAACAUUGAAUUAAUUGUUGAUCCAUUAAAACCUUACAUAUUACCAGGUUAUCCGUCAAAUAAAACUGUUAGCAACAGCGCUCAUCAAUCAAAAUACAUGAUAGCAAGCAAUCUGAAUAACGUUUUAAGAAGUAAAAUUCUUGACGAUGUGCUUAUAAAAGUUCCAAGUAUUUUAGAAGAAACAAUUCCACAUAUUUCUGAGGAGACUUUGGUUUUCAAAGAAGCUGAAAAUCAUAUUACAAAUAAUACUGGUCCCAAAUAUGAAGAAAUUAUUAAAAGUAUAUUCUUUCUUUUAGAAAAUCAAAGCAAUGAUCCAAUAGCUCGUUCACUUGCUUUAAGAACCCUUGGUUAUAUAUCGACUUUAUUAACAGAGCUUUUGGAUAUUCAACACGGAAUACUUCAACGACUUGAUUCUCCUAUACCAAUAGAAGCAAAUGCUGCAAUUUUUGCGGCUGAUAAAAUUUCCUCAAAAACAGAAAAAUUUUCUGUUAUUUUAUGUGAAAAAUUGGCUUCAAAACUUCAAUUCUUAAGACACAUGCAUUGGGAUAAGAAUUUAGCUAGAAAGGCAAGGUCUAUGUGUAUUCAGCUGCUCGAGAAGCAUUCAGAUGAUGUUUAUGUUAUAACAAUUUUGAAAACCUUGACAUUCUUGUCAUGUCAUGCUCUUGAGUAUACUGCUAGUCAGAUUGACCUUUUAUUUCAAUAUUUAAUGGAUGAUGCAAGAAAAAGAGUUAAAAUUAGUAUACUAACUGAUUUGAAUAGAUUGGCAUCUAAAAACUUUAGAUUUGAUGCAACAAAUAUUUUAAAUUUAUUAAAUAUCAUAGAUAGUGAAUCUGAUGAUAUUAUCAAAAUCAAAGCAUUAAAUGUUUUAUCAACAUUAUUACAACAAAAUCCAGGCCAACUUACCAACCUAAUCUCCAUUGAUUUAGAUCAAGAUGUUCGUAUAGAGAUACUUCACUAUAUUCAAAUAUUUGAAGAUAUGUUACCGAAUAUUCAGCAAAAUAUGUUGGAUCUUACUAUCGUUUUUGUUAGGUUCUUUGUAAGGUUGAUAAUAGAAUAUGAACAUAUCAGAGAUUUAGAUCAGUUUAUAAAAAUAGGAGAUGAGUGGGGUGUGUGUGAAGAAUUAUUUUCAUUUAUCAAAGAGAAUUUUGAUAAGUUGAGGAAUGAAGAAAAGGGCUAUUAUUCCCCUCUCUGA